UCCUUAUUAUUCGUAAAAGUUAAUUCUCAUUCUCAUCACUACAUCAAGCCUCAUUGUCUCUCUUGAGGUUGCAGUCUUGCAGACUUAUACAAAGAGAGAGAGAAUGAGUCUCAUCUCAGUGCAAUUCUGAUUUUAAAAACCGAGUUUUACUUAGAAAAAGUGUUGCUAAAAUGCCUGGGAAACCUGACACUGAUGAUUGGCGCGUAGAGCGUGGUGAGCAGAUUCAGUUUCAGUCCUCUAUCGACUCUAAUCAUCAGCCUUGGUGGCGAGGAGUGGGGGAAAAUGCCUCUAAAUCAUCUUCAGCAGAUCAAUUGAAUGGUUCAACGGUGAACGGUAUCACGCGGUCUGAGACUAAUGAAGAGUUAGCUGGUGGAGUUGAUUUCAAUAUGCAAAGGCGGCCUAUGGUUUCUCCACCACUUCUUGGAACUGGUAGGGAUGUUACUAAAGAGUACCAAGACAUCAAACAUUCCAUGUCCUCAGCCUCGUUUACCAUGGACCAGCACCUUGCUCCAAAUCCUCACAUGGAACUUGUUGGUCAUUCAGUUGUUUUAACAUCUCCUUAUUCAGAUGCACAAUAUGGACAAAUUUUCCCUACUUACGGCCAACAAACUAUGAUAAACCCUCAGUUGUAUGGAAUGCAUCAUGCUAGAAUGCCUUUGCCACUUGAAAUGGAAGAGGAGCCUGUUUAUGUCAAUGCGAAGCAGUAUCAUGGUAUUUUGAGGCGAAGACAGUCACGAGCCAAGGCUGAGCUUGAGAAAAAAGUAGUUAAGAAUAGAAAGCCAUACCUUCAUGAAUCCCGUCAUCUACAUGCCAUGAGAAGGGCAAGAGGCAAUGGGGGUCGCUUUCUUAACACAAAGAAGCUUGAAAAUAACGAUUGCAUUGCCACUUCAGAUGAAGGCAACGAUAUUGGUGCAAACUCCUCAAUGAACACACCUAACACUCAACAUUUUCUCAUCAACAAUGAGAAUAUAGGCUCAUCAAGUGCAUCACAGUCCACGGUUCAGGACAUGCACAGAGUCCAGUGUUUCAAUAUUGAUAAUUACCAUAAUGUAAAUGGACUCACAGCACUAUACCAUUCCCAAGCAAAUGGAAAAAAGGAGGGAGACUACUUUGGUACAAUGAGGGGCCCUAACGGGGCUUUCAAAUAGAGCACUUCCCUCAGCCGUACAGCAAAAGUUAGUAUUGCAGGUGAAGAUUAAGGGCUGUCUCAUCCAACUUAAGAUGCUGUAUUGAAGGCAAUUCAUUCUUGGCUCAGUUAAAUGGUGAGACCAGUGACAUGGUACACUCUAUGCCUGGUCUCCCAUUCUUCUGUUUUCUACCUUUGCAAGGUCCAUUUGUAAAAUGGGUGACAGAAAGAAAAGGAAAAUCACUUUGGUUUGAGAACUUCUGUAAGUUUAUAUUUUAAACUAUUUGAAGGUUCAUAACACUGAACUGAGUUGAGUGAGAUAUGCUUCACAAAGCCUUGAAACUUUC